AUGAUAAAAUAAUAAAAUUAAAAAUUAAGAUAUGAAUUGAAAUAAUAUAAAAUAUUAAAAUAAAUAUAAGAAAAUAGAAAUAUACUCCCAUAUUAAUUAAAUUUGAUAUUAUUUGGUCCAACAGGAUCAGGUAAGAGUUCUUUAAUAAAAACUUUUUACUAAUCAUUAAAUUAAACAGAUAUAAAAGAUGAGGAUUCAUAAUAAAAAAUAAUAAUAUAAGACUUAAAACAUAAUGAAGGAACAAAGUAACUUACUUAAAUAUUAAUAAAAGACAGAUAAAAACAUAUUAUUGAAUAUUAAAAGAAUUAAUAAUUAAUAAUAGAAAAUAGUAGUAUAUAUUGUUAUGAUACAAGAGGUUAAAUUUAUAUGAAUCAAAAUGAAUUUGAAUAAAUUAAUUUCAUAAUAGACGGAAAAAUAAAAAAUAUGAGUUUUGCUUAAUAAAGAUAAUAUAGAUAUUCAUAUUUACUUUGGGAAUUUUGGAAAAAAGACUCUGAAUUAUUUCCAUCAGAAAUUCUUAUAAAUGAAAAAAAUAUUUAAAAUACCCCUCAUUGUAUUAUAAUUGUUUUUGAUGGAAGUCUAGAUGAAGUACCUAAUGAGGAAGAAACCGAAUUUUACAAGGAUAUAUUAAAAUAAUUAUAUAAAAAAAAUUAUUUUUAACCUUAAAUUGUAUUAAGUAGACUUGAUUUAGUUGAAAAUUAAAUAAAGUAAGCUUAUUCCUAACAUUAGAAUAUAAAAUAAGAUAAAAUUAAUAUAAAACUAAUGGAAAUAAAAGACAUAAAAAUAUAAAAAGUUGUAAAUAAAUUACAAGUACCAAGAAGUAGUGUACAUUUUAUUGAAAAUUAUAAUUCGAAUAAUAA